AUGUCUUCCCUUUCAGAAUAUGCCUUGCGCAUGACUGGUCUGAGCGCCUGGCUGUUCGGUGAAAUUGCCAGGCCUACUGACUCCAAAUCAAUGAAAGUAGUGAAACUGUUUAGCGAGCAGCCUUUGGCCAAGAGGAAGGAGACUUCUGACUGGUAUCCAAAUCACAACACUUCUUUUGCACUCAUGGGGACACUAUGUUUCCUUGGCCUCUAUAGAGAUGAGCAUCAGGACUUCAAGGAUGAGCAGCUGUGUCUCAAGAAGCUUCAUGGCAAAGGAAAACCUAGGAAAGGAGAAGGGAAAAGAGCCACAAAAAAGAAAUAGUGCUGGUCCAUCAGAAGAGAAAAGUUCUUCCUCAGCAGCUGACCACAGAAGAAGGUGUAUUUAUCUUUCUACUUGCUGGAGGAGUGUGAGCUUCCGAGACUGAAGAGUAUUUGGAGGAACACGAUCAUUUCUGUGUUGAAGUCCAAUUCAGUCGAGUUGUAACUGGUUCCUUGGACACUUUCUAAUUCUGCAAAGUUAUUCUGGCUUUGGUUUUAUACUGUGAGGUUUACCUCUUUCUCUGGAGAAAUGAAUGCAUAGGUGGUUGAAGACAGACUCAUUUGGGGUGGGAAUGGAAGGUUGGGAUCAUGGGAGGAGACUCGUUAAAUGAGCAUCGUUUCAUCUCCCCAGGAUCCCAUUACACCAGCCCUUACCUCUGCCAUCCCUCUGGCCCUUCAACCACUGUCUCCACCACCAAGC